CGAAAGGGGCUGGAUCUACAUUGCGCUCACGUCAGCCAUGUGUGCCGUGGGCUGCUGCACCAUCUAUGUCGACUACCUCUACAACCUCCUUUUGCCAAGGUUUGUGACUUCCCGCUACAGGUUUACCCUCAUCAACAACUACGCGUUCCUUAUCGCAUCGCUCGCCUUGUCUGCCGGCUGCUUGAUUCUUACGUCAUUGUACAAGUUGUUGCCAUCUACGUACAGAUACUUGUACAGGAGCUACUACCCGACGCCGGAGCUUGAGGACGGUUUGCACGAACGGGAAAUUCAGAUGGUGCUCUCUGUGUGUUUUAUCGGCGGAAUGGUGCUUUGCUCCGGGUUUAACGCUCUCAUCCACAUCAUGACCAGCGAGAGUGUUGUCCACUGCAGCCAUGGAGAUGACUCGUCGGAAGUGGCCGAAAGUUCGUCCCACCACUCCCAUUCACAAGACCCCGAGUCUCAUUCGCAUUCGCACUCGCAUGCGUCGGAAACCACGCCCUUAGUGCGUUCCCCGCUUAUCAAAAAGAAGUCCCUUGUGGACGUGCUCUCAGACACGUUCCACAGACCCAAGACCCACAAGCACGCCCACACCCACGACGGAUCGCUGUCGGACGACGGUGAGUGCAUGGGCUACCAAUCAGCGGAAGCUUGUCUCUUCGAGACAAAGGGCGAGCACCAGCACCCAGUCUUGCACUUCUGCGAGGUUCCGGGUGACAUGGUAGAGCUCAGACAGGCGAUAACCCAUCGUCCAACGCCCCACGAAGCGCACAGCUUUAUCAAGAUGUCGGUUUCUGCCCUGGACACAACACCUACGACACCUCCCUCAGACGAACACACGAAGCACACGCUCCACCACCAUCACAUCACGCCCCCGUUAUCGCGCUUGCUCUCCAUUUCUUUGCAGACAACCAUUGCCAUCACACUCCACAAGUUACCCGAAGGCUUUAUCACGUUUGUUUCGUCCAACGGAGGUGGUGGCAAGGAGGAGCAGGCAAUCGGGUUAUCUAUCUUUGUCAGCUUGCUCAUCCACAACUUUGUCGAGGGCUUUUCCAUGACUUUGCCCCUUUACUACUCGCUCAAUUCGCGUGCCAAGGCAAUUGCCAUCACCGGCUGCUUGUCCGUGUUGUCUCAGCCUCUUGGGGCAUUAUUGGGGGUCUGGUUCAUGGAUACGGUGUACAGUGGCGACCACACGCUCGCCGCCAUCGACUACACAUUUGGCAUUCUCAUGGGAAUUACCGCCGGGUUCCUUAACAUUAUCGGUUUGCAGAUGUUUGCCAGCGCCAUCUCCUUCGGUGGGAGCCAUCGGGUCGUGUUGACGUGGAGUAUGGUGGGAAUGUCCGUGUUGAUGUUUAGUUAUGCCUUGGUUGGGUAGGCGCUUAGCUUUUGUAGUUUAAUUUUGACGUAUUGAAAUCGGUCCCUGCACAUGUUUUAUGUCACGGGAUUGUUUAAAUGUUUGAAGAAAUGCCAAACUGACUCACCCUUGUCAAAUGAUGACUCAGAGGUGAUUUCAGGAUGAUCAAAAGCAGCUUUUUCGGAAGAGCCAAUUGUCUAUAAAAAGAUAUACUAUACCCGU